AUGUCAACUACUGUUGAUGAAUCAACUCCGUUUUUAAGUCCAAGAACCACAACAUCUUCGAUAAGUAGUAGUAUAGAUGAAAGUGAAAUCAUCAACUAUGUUCAACAAAGAAGAGUUUCCAUUGCUUCAGUAGGUAAUACUAGAAUCCCUGCUCCUUUCAAUUUAAGAACAGUUCAAUCCAAUGAAAGAUUAACUUCAACAACUUCAAAUAAUUCAUUCUUACAUAGAAAUAGUAUUAAUGAAUUACUUUCCAAUAACAACUUAAAUAUUGAACCUGAACCUGAAACUGAUUUAAAAACAGAAAUUCAAGUGUUGUUAUAUUAUUCUGUACCAUUAAUUAUAACUUUUCUUUUACAAUAUUCUUUAACAGUGGCAUCAGUAUUUUCAGUUGGUAGAUUAGGUUCAAGUGAAUUAGCAGCUGUAAGUUUAAGUUCCAUGACAGCCAAUAUUUCAGGUUAUGCUAUUAUUCAAGGAGUUUCAACUUGUCUUGAUACUUUAUGUGCUCAAGCUUAUGGUAGAAAAGAUUUUAAUACAGUUGGAUUACAUUUUAUAAGAUGUAAUUAUUUAUUAUUAUUGUUAUUUAUUCCAAUGUUUGUAUUAUGGAUGUUUGGAGCUGAACCAAUCUUAAUUGCUAUAAUUGGUGAUGAUGAAGUUGAAUUAUGUAAAUUAGCUGCUAAUUAUCUUCGAAUUUUAAGUUUAGGAUUACCUGGGUUUAUCUUAUUUGAAAAUGGUAAACAUUUCUUACAAAGUCAAGGUAUUUUCCAUGCUUCAACUUAUGUAUUAUGUGUUUGUGCUCCUUUAAAUGCUGUUUUAAAUUAUGUUUUAGUAUGGGAUAAAUCUAUUGGAUUAGGAUUUAUUGGUGCUCCUUUAUCAGUAGUUAUUACAAAUUGGUUAAUGUGUAUUUCAUUAUUUUGUUAUAUCUUUUUCGUUAAAGGAUAUGAAUGUUGGCCAAAACAACCAUUAUUUGAUCCUAUUUAUUUCAGAAAUUGGAAUAGAAUGAUCAAUCUUUCCAUUCCAGGUGUUUUAAUGGUUGAAGCUGAAUGGUUAGCAUUUGAAAUUAUAACGUUUAGUGCAUCAAAAUUUGGUACUCAAGUUUUAGCCGCUCAAUCUAUUGUUAGUACUACUUGUGUUUUAAUGUAUCAAAUUCCAUUUGCAUUAUCAAUUGCAGCAUCAACUAGAAUUGCAUGGUAUAUUGGAGCUGCAUCUAUUAAAGCUGCUAAAACUGCCACCAAUGCUGCUAUUGUAACAUCUUUAACUUUAGGAAUAUUUAAUGCAUCUAUCUUAUUUACAUUUAGAAAAUGGUUGGCAUCAUUAUAUACCAAUGAUGAAACUGUUAUUCAAUUAGCAUCAAAAGUUUUAAUUAUUGGAGCUAUAUAUCAAAUCAAUGAUUUCUUAUCAUGUUCAACUGGUGGUGUCUUAAGAGGUCAAGGUAGACAAAAGAUUGGUGGUAUUUUAAAUCUUGUAAGUUAUUAUCUUAUUGCAUUACCUUGUGCCUUUUUAUUUGCAUUUUAUUUUAAAUUAGAAUUAGUUGGGUUAUGGUUGGGUAUGAUUAUUGCUUUAUUUUUCAUUUCAUUAUCACAAUAUUAUUUCGUGGUUAUAAGUAAUUGGGAUAAAAUUGUUGAUGAUAGUAUUAAUGAAGGUAUAUUAGAAGAUGGUAACGUUAAUGUUGAAUCUCAUACUACACUUCCAAGUAUGAGUAGUUCAACCUAUGUAUAG